AUGGAAACCCCCCCAGACGUAUCACCCUCGCAAUCCCUGAAGCACUUCGCCCGUCAAAAAGCCCGCGUAGCCGCAUCAAACGCCACCGCAGCAAUCAACUCCAUGCUCGCCGCCGAUCUCAUGGGCCUCUGCCACUCAAUCACGGUCCUCGCCAUGAGCGCCCCCAUGCAAAUCCACCUCUUUGAAGCAACCUCCCCCAAGCACUUGUCCCGCCAGACAGGCAAGCACAAUCUAGCUCUCUGCAUGCUUGCCGUAAACGAGCUUAGGAAGUCGUACGUCGCUGCGGGUGCGGGCUACGCGCUGUUUGACAGGGCGAUUGGCAAGAUUGACGGGGCGCGCGGGAGGACCGAUGACCUGGAGUCGUGUGCACCAUCUGCAUCUGCGUUCCCACACGACGGGAGAAUGCACACGGAGCACCUUUGGACAAGUCAUCCCGAGGGCUACGAUAUAUCGGUCGAAGAUAUCGUUUCGGAUGUAUGGAGGCCUUUUCUCGACACAGGCCACGCUUGGAGUUAG